UUAUGAACAAAUACUACAUAGAUAGUGAAGAGAAGCAAUUCUAAUUAUCAAAUAGGGAAGUCUUGAAACCAUUAGAUGUUACUAACAGAUCAGAAGCCUCUUUAAAAACUUCAAUGGUUUCAUUUGCUUGCGAUCGAGAUAAUAAAUAUGACCUUGAGGAUUAUAGAACUUAACUUGAAGAAUAGUUGGCUGAGAACAUUGAAUUGAAAAGAAUGUUAAUGGAUGAGAUAGAGAAGAAUAAACGGAUUAGUGAUGUGGAUAAAUCGUCCCAAUUUUUAGAGUAAUAAGAUAAGUUUGCAUAAAUUCUUAACAAAAAGGAUAAUGAGAUUAUGAAUUUAAACAAAUUAUUAAGAUAAUUAGAGAUUGAAGUAUUUGAUUAUCAUAUAAUUAAGAACAAACUAUUACACAAGGACGAUCAAUUAGAAUCUUCGAGAAGAAUGGAAAAAGAAAAGUUAUAAGAAAAAAGAGUUAUGGAAUAUGAACAGAAGAUAAAUUUAAUAUUAGGAGAGAAUUCAAAAUUGAAUUAAGUAUUUAUAUGAGCAUCAAUAGAUUUUAUAAGAAAGGAUUACUCAAAUAGAGAAGAUGAAACAUACAGUUGAUUAAUUAGAAAGAGAGAAAAUGCAAAUAGCAGAGAAGUAUGAGAUACUGAUUGCUGAAGCAAACAACCUAUCCUCCAGAGAGAAGAGUACAAUAGAGAAAUGUCUUAAUGCAUAAAAGUAUAUUUAUUAAGUCUGAGUUUUAGAAACGAGUUCUAGAAAUAAUUGAAUAUUGUUAAUACACAGAAUAAUUAGAUGACUAAUAUACUUAACUAAUAAAAGAGUUAGAUUGAAUAAAUGGAAUUAUAAUUAGAUGAGAAUUAAGCUUAAUUAGAGAUGACCAAAUAAAGUUAUGAUGAAUAACUAAAGGAAAGGGAGAGUUUGAUUUAGCAAAAAGAGAAAGAGAACCAGGAUUUAAUGGUUAAAUUUAAUGAAUUGGAAAAGAAAUUGGUUUAAUAAAAUUAAUAGAUUACUAUAUUGGAACAAUAAUUAUUAACAAACAAUGAAUAGGUUGUGAUUGAAGAAAUGUAAAAGUACUUUGAAGAAUAAUAUGAUAUCAAGGAGAAAGAACUUGAAUCAAAACAUGAAAAAGAAAUCUCAAACUUGAUGAAGUAAUUGAAUGAAAAUUAAAACUUUAUUGAAGAACUAUAAAAUCAUCUAACAGAAAUACAUAAGCAAAUCACAAAAUUCAAAUAGGAGAAGCAAACUUUGAGAUAGUAAAAUUAAGAAUUGCAAUAAUAAGUCAAAUAAUUACAAUCAGAAGUUCAUUAAUAAGAAGAAUUAAGAUAUUCUCAAGAAUAUAUGUUACCUCAAUUUAACAUUUCUUGUUAAAGUGCCAUUACUGAUCAAUCCUUAUAGGAUGAAAAAGAGAAACAAAAUAAAUACGGAAGACAAUUAAAUAAAACCAAAGACAGUAUACAAUAAAAUAAAGAAAAUCAUGAAAAGAAAGAUACCAAAUCUAAUUAAUGCAUAAAUUAAUUGAAGCAACAGUCUCAAUAAAAUACAUCUUACAAAGCUUAAUUCUAAUAGAAGGUGAAGAAAAGUAACCCUUCAAAUAAGGAUUAAUAUGCUCUCGAUACAUUUGGAAAUAGAGAUAGAUCAAUUUCAUACUUAGAUAUGAUCAACAAGGAAGUAAAAUUUAAGGAAUCCUCGGACGAAGAAGAUCAAUCACCUAUAGCAUAGUUUAAAUAGUGGAAAUAAUAGAUGACAGUUCGUUAAUGA